AAGCACACUGCCUCUUUCAUUCUUAAAAAAUUAUUCGUAGUUGCCUGCCACAGUUUUGGUAAUCGCUGUAUUUAUAUUAAUACUUCUCUCUGCCUAAAAUGCCGUACAAUUGAAAUAAGUUACUUAGAACAAAAUUAAAUUAAGAUUUAAUAGUGAGUGUAGAAGAAAAGAAGAAUGCGAAAAACACGUGGCCGUCGGCGCAAGGCAUCGCCAGAGCAACAACAUACAAAUGAAACCUCAACGCAGUCGUCUACAGUGGAAGUUGCAGCGCCAGCGUCUUCGCCUGCUGAAAAUUUAUCGUUGAUGGGUGAAAUAAAAAUGGAUACAUCGGCAGAAAACGAAGCCGACGACGAAUGCACACUUGAAUUCAAACCAGAUAUCUACGAAAUACAAGAGCAUUGGCUGAGCCAACAUACACCGCACGCGGCGGCGACUACGUUGGCGUCAACGUCGACGACGACGAUAAAAUCUAAAAUUGUGACUGCAGCGGCUUUGGAAGAAUAUUCGGUUAGCGAAUGCGCGUCAAUUAUCGACAACUUUGAUGUUGAUAUGAGGCAAGUUAAAAAUGAAUUUAUCGGCAUAGCAAAGAAUAAAUCGGAAGAUAUUGAGAAUGUGCCAACAACGGCAGAAAAGCUAAAACCGAUUAGUGUAAAUCGUUCUGAUUUUGCUUUUGAUGCCGACGACGUGGAUAUGCAAGAGACCGAUACGGAUGAAGAUGGUUACUCGGAUAUCGAUUUUGACGAUGAAUUUACACAUUUACAGAGUGAUGGUAUAACUGACAUUUACGACCCAGAGUGGUCAACUUGGUCCACAACGCCAAGAAAAGUGUUUACUAACGGCAAUUAUCAAGGCUUGCUCAAAGGUGGCCACAUACACUCAAUUACGUACUAUUUUUACGAUAUUCUCGAUGACAUAAACUUUUUCGAGAGCUUGGCCGAUGGUUGCAACAAACGCGCUGUGGAAACUAUGAAAAACUCACAGAAACGCAGCGCUGAUAAUUUUGAAGCAUUUACUUGGCAAGAAAUGAGCAUUUUCCUUGGCAUUUGUUUGCAGAUGGGUUCAUUGCAACUUUUGACAUUAGCCGAAUAUUGGGAAUGCCAGGCAUAUCAUGGCUUUAAGGGAUUCUCUAGCAAAAUGAGUUUGGACCGUUUCAAAUUUAUACUUGAAGUUUUGAAUUUCGAAAGUUUACAAGCUGACGAUAACAGUUUUGAGAACAAUGACAAAACUGACAAGUUUCACGAGUUGAGGCCUCUUUUGAAUUUCUAUAACAAACGCAUGGAAUCGAUAUACACUUGCGGCCAAAAUAUAGUACUAAAUGAACCGGUCGUUUAUUGGAAAGGCAAACUGAAUUGGCUUUUUAAUAUGAAUAAAAAGUUUCGGCGCAACGCAGUUAUGUUUCACUUCCUAACUGAGCAGUCGGGUCUAGUACAUAAAAUAUUAAUUGAUAAGGAAGGUUCAGAACGAAACCAGCUUGCUCACAAUCCAAAGGCCUUGGUUGUUGAACGAUUAGCUACAGCAGUAGAAUUGCUCAAGGAGAAAUUUGGAAAAGGACACACUGUAAUAACCUCCAAAUAUUAUGGCAGCUACGCACUUUGUUUGGAGCUGAUCAAACUCGGAACCUACUCCUCUGGCUUUUUAGAUAACAAAAGGUUUGGUAUUUGCAAAGAAUUGGUACGCACAAAUCUCGAUCCAUAUCAAUUCGUAACCAGAUAUGCUGGCUGUGUAAUGAUGGGAAAAUGUCGACGUACCGGAAAAAAUAUGUACUUUUAUAGUUCUGAUUGCCUUGCCAUUUACCGCUAUGAAAUGAAAAUGUACCAUCACCUGAAAUUGGUAAAAGAAAUUAAGUGGCAGUUGAGUACCUGUGAGGAAACACGUGCCCAGAUGUUGGAUUACCAAUUAGCGCUGACACGCACAGAAAUCAAAUGGGAUAGACGUCUAAUGAUCUACGUAAUGCAUCUGAUUUUAGUUAAUUCUUUCAUACUUUUCAAGAACAAUUCUAAGAUAAGGCGUUUACAUAAAUCUGGGACUUCGUUUCCAGAGUAUCGACAAGAAAUAAUUGCAUCACUUCUUAAUCCAGAUACGCAUAAGAAUUUCGAAUGCUUGAAAGUUGUGGGCGAAAAUGCAAUCAAUGUUGUAACGGGAGAAACAGCAGAGAACACAGAGAGCUGCGCGACCUCAAAGUCAACGACACGCUGGCAAUUGGCGGAAAGAGUACACCAACCUAUGGAAAUACCCAGUGUCAAGGGAAAAAUAGUAAAGAAGCGAUGUCGAAUUUGUUAUAAGGGAGGUCUUUUGAUUUUUUCACAAUUCUGCUGUGCUGUUUGCCCAGGUAUGCCGGGACUCUGUGAGGAACCUUGUUUUAAGAUUUGGCAUGAUAGGAUAGAGAGAAAAUGGCCAGAAUGUAUGAGCAAAUCUGAAUAAAUUAUUUGUUAUGAAAAAAGUC